AUGCAACCGAUUUCGCAAACGAGCGACAAGGAGGGGUUGAUGGAAACUAACGGCCAUGCGACAACAACAACGACGACAACGACAGCUUCACCAUCGCAACAAGACGGCAUCAAUGGCAAAUCAGUGAUCUCGAAGGCUGUGGAUCCAACACCAUCGCAGAAUGGCAACGUCGAAAAGAUCGCGCUUCAGAAUGAAAUGGCUAGCAUGGUGCCUCUUCAAGUCCUUAUUGGAAAAAUGGUCAACAAAACCUAUGCCGAUUUGCAAACGCUGACUGAUACAUUAUCAUCACGAGGCGAAGUGGAAAAGAAGCGUCAAAUCCUCAAGUAUGUCACAUUUGUGCAGAACCAAAUGCUCAAAUUAUCAGUCUUGGUCAAGUGGGCUGAAAACGCGGAUGAUAUUCAGAUGUGUCAGAAUAUCAUGGCUUUUCUGGCAAAUCAAAAUCAGUUCUUUUACGAUGCAACUCGUUUCUUGAACAAGAUCCACGUCGAAUUACCACGAGCACGGAUACGCAACUUUGAUAUUCCCACCGCUGUCGAUGUUCUUACUACGGGAUCAUAUCAACGCAUGCCAAGCAAAUACAAGGAUAUGGUACCACGUUCACCACUCACCGAUGAAGAAGUCUUGGAAACAUUCCGCAAAAUGAAUGACGUGAUUCGCAUGAGGAUGUUGACAACCGAGGUCUUGCCAUCACCAAUGCAGCAUUAUCGUAUUGAGAGUGGUCGGAUCACAUUUACAAUCAAGGAUGAGUUUGAAGUCUCUUUGACGUUGAUGGGCCCGCCAAGUGAACAACGAUGGUGGAUCGUGUCGUUGGAUAUACAGGUCAAAUCGACUGUUGGAAGUGGGGCUGCAGAUGUUGAUAUAUCAUUGAAUGAAAUUCAGCGACAAUAUCUUCGGGUGAAUGCACAAAAGCAACUCGUCCCACCUCAACCACCACAAGACGAACAGACCAAAACGCCAUUAUUCUUUCCACUCGUCAACUUGCAUGAUUACCUGCAUCUAUUUUGUCUCAAUAUGCAAUUGGAGAUCAUCUACAUGCAAUCGACAAUGGUAUCAAAGACGCGGUGGCUUGAACAACUCAAGGUGCAAAUGGACCCUACACGCAAUAAGUUGGUGCUCGUGUAUUGGAAAGGUGGAUCUCCUACAGCACAUUGGGCACAUCCUCAGUUGGAAUUGGCUGGAAGACCACUUGAGAAUAGCACAACGAUUGAGAUUUCAGUUGUCGAUGAGAAAUCAAAGCGCAAGGGACCAUACUCGGAUCAAAUCAACAUGGCGAUCAGUGUUCGAGAUGAUAUGCGAGGUCUUGUACAACGAGCAGGCUUGGGUGCAUCGGCUAUGCUUUCCUCAGUGGACGAAGAAGAUAAGCCAGCUGUGGUAUCGGCAUUACAAUAUCCCAAGAAUCAACUUGAAGUCCUGUGGGGUGGUUUCAACAAUUUGCACGCUGACAAGGAAUUAUUGAACCCAUCCGAUUUGAACAUUGAACGUGUACUUUGGCAUGUCACACGACAUCACAGCACUUGUAUCAUUAAACGAUUCCGAAGCUUACUCAAGGGACAAGAGCAGUUCUUGAACGACAAUGGACUCCAUUUGAUUGAAGGAUCUCUUGAAAACGUGUUAUCUGGCGUGGAUCGUAUUACAGAGACCAAAGAUGAUAUGGAUCAUGAUGAGCAGGACAUCCCAUCUAUUGCGAUCCGAUACCGCCACCGCCGAUAUAUCACCAUCACCAUGGAUGUGCGUACAGGUCGUGUCAAGGUGCGGGAACUUGGAUACAAGCUGGGUGAAGGAGAUGCCAAAUUGAAGGAGCUUGAAGAACGAUUGAACAGUGAUCCUGAAAACAUUGCACGCCACUUGCUUUGGUUACGAUCCGAGGUGGUGAUUCGUGAGAUCGUUUCUCUUGCAAAGCAGCUCAGCCUUCAACCAUUCUCCCCAUCUCAAAUGUCCUUACGGCCGGAUGAUUUUAUCAAGCUCUUUGGCGACUUGCCUACAUCACAUACACCAAGCGAACCAGCAACAAGUACAACAUCAGCAACCACAGCAGCACAACCCACCACCACCACCACCACCGCUGCUGCUACUGCAGCCGCCUCAAGAAGGCCGGCAUUAUACCCGUCGCACUGUGUAUUUCUACAAUUUGUUCAAUUUGAGGAUUGGUAUCUGGUGAUUGCUAUCGUACGAAAUGAAGUUUAUUCAUGGCUAUGUUGCAUAAACAAAACAUAUGACCAAAAUGGAUUAUUCCAAGUGAUUGUGGAUAUGAUGCAUGUCGAAUAUGAAGAGAUGUGGAAGGAGCACUUUUUACCUAAGCUGGAUGAGGAUACGGAUCGUGAUACUAGCAGCAAGCGGAGAAGAUCAAGCGUGGAACAAGAACAAGAUACGCAAUCUACAUCACAACACGUAACAAGGAAACGACGGAGGACUGAAGCAAGUUUGGAGGAUACAUCACAACAAGAAUCUACAACAGAGAUUAUAGACAAUUUAUCGGUUAAUUUGCGGUUCAUGGCGAAGCUGGACUCCCUAUGCCGCGCAUGUAUCACGAACUGCAAGAUAGAACUGCAAUUGCAGCGACUCAGGGGAUCCAUCAAUUUCACACCUCGCCCAUUACUCAAGUCACUGCCUACAGCCGAAUCUCAAGUACUCAAUCAUCCAGCUGCCAAGAAAAUGGAAGUGCUUUGUGUUCCACAGCGUGAUCUACUCAAAGCAUGCGUUAUGCGAAAUGUGGACGAGAGUCAUCCAACUGCCAACAACAGGGAGGUGCCGCUACACAUUCGACCAUGGGUUGAGAAGAUGAUACCAGAGAUGAAAAAUGAUGUCGUGAUGCGUGCAUCUGGUUGGUGGGCGUGCGGUCGCAGUGAAUGCUUUGUCGUUAUCCAAGAAAAGUUUGAUUGGAAAAACAUGCCAUUACCUACUCACGACAUUCGAGAUCACAUCUCACUUGACAAGGUCUCCAAUGUGCUAUCAUUUACCUAUACGGAUAUUGACAAUUGCAUCGACCGGUUCCUUGUUGAUUGGGAGCGUAUCUUUAUGAUGUCUUAUCUUGCUAGGCAAUCAUCAUCAAAGUGGAUGGAUCGAUAUAAGGAUCAACUCAAGUUUGAAUCGUUUGAUACACAUGAGCUCCGAUUUACAUACGCCAAGAACCUUUCUUGUUCAAUUCGAUGGGAUUCUCCAAGUCGAGGUCGUGCACGUCAAUAUGUGAUAUCUCUUGGUAUGAUGGAGAACGGCGAGCAUCCAAAACCAAAGGACAAGGAGUCAGCAACGUCUUUGCACAUGUACACUCAAAAUCCUCAUUGGCGUGUGACACCUUUCCUACAAGACAUCUUGAAUGAAAAGCGCGAUCUUGUUUAUCUUGUUCAGAUCAUGAUCCAGACAUUACCCUUCAUGGCCUGUCUUGAAAAGUUGGAGGUGGAUAUUGCUCAAAAGGGUGCCAUUGGCGAUAUAUCGAUCAUUCCUCACGCGGCUGAUUCAGUACGGAUAGUCUUUUCAUCAACGCACGCUCUGGAUAUACGCUUUACGGAUCACAAGACCUUAUGCAUAUCGGAUGUCGCAUUUCAACAUUUGUUUUAUUCCUCGUUGGCACUUGCAAAUACCCAAGGAAAAGGCGUGACAGCAACAGCCAAAUCAACUGAAGCAAGCGAGAUCAAGAAGGAGAGCAAUGAUGAUAAUGAAAAGGAAGGUACAAUGAAACCCAUCAAGGUGGCACAAUCAUUCAACUUUGAGCCAUUCACCAAAUUCGAUGAGCUCUUGGAAUCUGUGGAUGACUGGUUAUUUGUCGACGACAACGAUGAUGAAUCCAAACAAGAUCCCUGGUACUCGUUUAUGGAUGAAGAGGAGCCUACUGCAGUUCCCUUUCACCAUGGACUCUUGUGUUCUGCCUCUCUCUGUCGUCGCGUCAUUGGUCAAUUGGGUACAUUAGUGUAG